UUAUCGUUCUUCUUGUUAGUCUCUUUCUAAUUUUUCCAGGAAUUUUAAUAUAUUUAUUAGACAAGUGCCGAGUGGACAGCUCUGAGUGAUAAUAUAGGCGCAUUUUCCUAUUUUUAUUUAGGCAGCUCUAGUUUUUAACAUAUCGACGGUCAGUUGACCUUAUUACUGUCAUAAAAGUCUUUUAAAAACACGACACGAAACAUUCAUGCCUGACGCGUUAAGACGUGCUUAAUUUUAACCCGCACCCGGUUUUAAACUCGAACUUAAAAUAGCAUUUACCUAGUUUUUAAACCGAAGAACAUAUCCCCGUGUUUAAACAUUUCAAAAGUGUGUUGGAAACAGAAAAUAAACCAAGUAUUUUAUUGAAUAAUUCCACACGAAUGCCAAGUAUGUCGAUCAUCGGCGAAAUUACAGACGGCGGGCUCGUGCUGGACGAAGACGCGGCGCCAUGCGAACGCCUCGGCAUCUUCUGGUGUGGCACGGCAGGGUUAGGUGGCCACCUUCUGGGUACUGAUGAGGAGAACAUACUUUACAUCAGAUAUCUCGUCCUCGACGUCAGCACUAAGCAGACUCUAUACGAAGAAGAGUUCAUCGUGAGACCCCCGGCAGCAGCGGUGUCGUCGGGGGGCAGCAGCUGCAGCAGCUCAGCAGCCAGCGAUGAUGGCAGUCACACCAGGGACGCCGCCCCCCACAUCGGCGAGAUGUGCAGACGUGACUACCAGAUCACCGAGGACGUGGUCAGGGACCGGGGGCAGCCUCUAGACUGCGUCCUUAAACAGGUUGAGGAAAUCUUCGAAAGGAUCUCUGGCAGCGACGCGGUCUCCAGCCCCAGCAACAGCCACAACCACAACCACCACAAUUCCUCAUCCAUAUCACCCACAGAUCCUUCCACCCUAAACUCCACCAACUCCACAACAACGUCCAAAAAAGUCGUUCUGAUCACAGACGGGCAACUGCAUUUGCGACAAGUGCUUCAUCCUAAAAGUGCCUUCCAUAACAUAGAGCUCCCUGAGACCUACAAUAGCUUCUUUGACCUCAGGAAGGAGUUCAGGAGAUGCUUCAAGAGCGACGAGGUCAUGAGCGUUCAGGACAUGGCGAACAAUUUGUAA